AUGGUUCAGUCUCUUGAACAAAAUCAAAAAAUAAAACGUGACGUGUUGCGGUUCAUUGAUCAUUUGACGAGGUUACUAUGCACAAGAAGUGCUGAUAUUCCUGGUGGAAAUGAAGAAAAGAGGCCUGAAUUGAUCUCAGUGGUAUCUCAUGACAAGAAAGAACUUCCAAAGACCCCAGUCAAUGAAGAUGUUGUUGCUUCACCUGCUGAGCUUGCAAAAGCUUACAUGGAUAGUAGGACGCCAAAAGAAUCUGUAUCAAGGCCUGGACUACAAAAUCAAGUGCCUAGGGGAGAUUUAACUUGUUCAAGCAAUAAAAGUUUCCCUUCUAUGUCUUCCACAAUGUCACUUUGUGCCAAGAUCUUCCGGUCUUGUUGUGAUGCUUUUGGUGGACCUUCAUCAUCAUCUCAGGGUGCUUGGGAGCAAAAGAGAAUUUCUGGCUCUACACAAGGCUGUGCUACUACUGCUCCUGGUACAACCAAUUAUUUGUCAGAUAAAACUGAUAAGCAGAGCAAUCUGAAUGGCAUCUUCUGUAGGACACCUGAAGCUGCAAUGACCUUUUCUGUAGCAACUUCAAUAUCAGCUGGAAGUAAGUUCAAGUUUGGUGCGUCAGCAGAUGGUUCUACCUUUAAUAAUGGGUCUUGUGCUUCUAGUCCUUUCUCGUUCUCUUCUCUGGAGCCUUCUCUAGUCCCGAGUAAUUGUCAAAGUUCCUCCAGUGCAACUGCCACCAAAAAUGACUCUUCUGCUGCUACCAUCACCUCCGCAAGUGCAACUGCGAAUGCCAGCAACAGCUUUACCAGCAGCCUUUCUGUGGAGGCUUCAAUCCCUUCCUUUACAGGUGAACCUGUUUUCAAGUUUUCAUCCUCUGGGGACCCAUCAACCUCAGUUUCAACAUUAUCAGCAACUUCAGGGGAAGCAACUGAAUCUAAGACACAGAAUACAAAAACUUGGCAAUGUAGUAUUUUUGGUGGUACAAGUGCUGCAAGCAGCUCUGCCGGUACAACAGCUGAAGUCGCAAGCUCUGGAAAUAGCAGUUCCAGUGGUGUAUCUUCCACUAUUACGAACUCUGGAAAUGGCUUUUUCAGCAGCACAUUUUCCCCAGUGACAAGCACAAGCAAUGGUAUCUUCGGUGGUACAUCUGUAGGUACAAGCACAGGCAAUGGUAUCUUUGGUGGUACAUCUGCAACUACAAGCACGGCCACUGGUUUAUUUGGCGGUAGUAGUAUUUUUGGUGGUACGUCUUUGCCAGUAUCUGGUACAGGAAGUAGUAUUUUUGCCGCUAAAGCUGCAGUCACGAUCACUGGAAGCAACAUCUUUGGAUUCAGUGCUCCAGCUACAUCCACAUCUGCUUCACAAUCUCAGGGUUUAAAUCCUUUCAAUGCUGUAAAUACCCAAGCAUCUGCUACAGGAACUGGCAUUGGUACCUCAACUCAGAGCACGCCCAUUCAGUUCUCCUCAUCCGCAUCAUCUCCAUCCUUUGGAUUGACUGGGAAUGCAACCUUUUCCUCUGGCAGUUCGAUUUUUGGGUCUUCGGCAUCUGUAGCUAAGCCUUUUAGUUCAGGUUCAAGUUUUGGAAUAAGUUCUUCCUCUUCAGAAACCAACUCUCUAAGCUCUAGCAGUGGCAUUGGUGAUGGUGCAUUUGGAUCCACUUGGCAAGCUCCCAAGACACCCACAUUUGGUUCAUCAUCAGGCUUUUCCUUUGGAUCAUCAACUUCUGUUAGUGCUCCUAGCGCUGCCACUCCGUCACAGCCUGUGUUUGGUAAGACGAGUCCUGGCUUGGUCUUUGGGUCAACGCGCUCUAGUAAUAAUGAUCAAAAGGAAGAUAGUAUGGUGGAGGACACAUUUCAGGCUUCACCGGCUGUUGUGACAUUUAGUCAACAGCCAAUCUCACCACCCGCUUCUGGGUUCGUUUUUGGUGCAUCAAACCCACCGGCAGCAGGUUCUGUCCCAUUUGGAACCCUACCAAGCAUGGCCGCACCACAGAAUCCAUCUCCAUUUCUGGCUUCUGGUAGUCUUGAAUUUGGUGGUGGAGAGAGCUUCUCAUUGGGCACCAGUGGUGGUGACAAGUCUGCCAGAAAAUAUGUGAAGGUCCGCAAACAGCGGAAGAAGUAA